CCGCAUUCUGUGUGGCGCAGCGGUUUGCCGCUUUGAAAGUGGCAGGAGAGCUGCUAGUUGUUGACGUUUUGUUGAAGUGUGUUGCUUAGUGUGAGGCAAAAAUGGACGACCAGGGCUGUCCGAGAUGCAAAACCACCAAAUACCGGAAUCCGUCGCUGAAGCUGAUGGUGAACGUCUGCGGACACACGCUAUGCGAGAACUGUGUGGAGAUGCUGUUUGUGCGUGGCUCGGGCAACUGCGUGCAGUGCGACACGCCCCUGCGGAAGAGCAACUUUCGUGUGCAGCUCUUCGAAGACCCGACUGUAGACAAGGAGGUGGAGAUUCGCAAGAAGGUGCUGAAGAUUUACAACAAGAGAGAUUUUGACUUCCCCAGCCUGAGAGAAUAUAACGAUUAUCUGGAGCAAGUGGAGGACAUAGUGUUUAACCUGACAAACAACAUUGAUGUGGAGAACACCAAGCUGAGGAUGGAGCAGUACCAGAGAGAGAACAGAGAUAUCAUCCAGAAGAAUAAGGCUAAGCUUACGCGAGAGCAGGAAGAGUUGGAGGAGCUGCUGUUGCUGGAGCAACAGGGCAAUGAGCAACGGAGACUAGAGGCACUGCAGGAGGAGCAAAGACAACUACAAGCCAAGAAGAAGAACAAACAGGCACUGCUGGACGAACUGGAGCAGUCUCAGCUUCCUGCCACCAUCUUACUUGCCCAACACAAGGUUCGUGCUGCUCAGCUGGAGACCCAGAUAGAGCAGCAGAAACAGGCUGUGAAGCCUACCAAUCUAUUUUCAACUGGAAUCCAAAUGCGUCAGACGGUGUCUCUCCAGCCUGUGCCCAGGAUAGAGGAAGUUCUGUACCACUACAAGCCCCUUCAAGUUGAAACCUAUGGACCCCGAGUGCCUGAACUGGAACAGCUGGGCAGACUUGGGUAUCUGAACCACGUGCGGGCUGCCAUGCCUCAGGACACAGCUGGAGGAUACACCUCAGCUCUGGCGUGUUAUCGAGCCAUCCAGGAUGCUUUCAGUGGGUUGUUCCCUGCAAAAGGCUGAAGCCAUCCAGAGCUCCUGCAGUUAGACUGAAUGGACUAUAAAUACAGUACUACUACCACAGUGCUGCUCUGGUGGGUAGUGCUCAAGGUGUGUGUCACUUUUUUUUUUUAUGUUUUGUGUUAGUUUUAUAUUUAAAUAAAUGACAAUAAUGAAUGUGUC